CGCCAAGACCCUUUGCUCCGUACCGAAGGUUCCAGCUAAACAGAAUGGCAUGAGCUCCCACAAUCAAUUCAUUUUCGAGAGAAACUAACUAGCUAACAAACAAACUCAAGCAACAACAAAAUGAGCCUCCAAUCGCAAGAUCAUCUACGGCUCCCUGUGUUUUGCCAUGGCAAGCGAUCCAUCCAUACCGGCACACAGUGUAAUAGAGAGCCCUCAAGCGGCAAGACCUGCCACACAUCUAUCGUAGAAGAACUUGCCGUGGGUAUCCUUUCGGGCCUUGCCGGUGGCCUGCUCUCUUGGGCGGCCAAUCUCUUGUUUCCCGACAGUCUGAGCACUCUGGGAGGGAUUCUGUAUUGCCUCUUGUUUACGUGCCUCCUAUUGGAGAUCUGGGAAACCUGGGUCCUCUUUACCGCCUUGUGCCGCAACAGCAAAAAGCGCAAGAAGCAGCGCCAGAUUGCUCACAACCAAUUUCUGGAAUGGGCCCAAGAGCGCAAACGAUUGGUCCGUCAACUCUUUGGCAAUGGAGUCAUUAUGGGACAAAUUGUCAUGAAAGCGUCGGCAUCCUUGGCCGUAUUGCAGACCAGUGAUGACGCGGAUACCGUUUGGCUGCUACUACUACAACUCCUGGCCGCGUAUGUCGCCGCAUGGAUUGGAUGGGCCGUGGUAUGUCAGUUCCUCAACAACCUGGCUCCUCCCAAGGAACGCACUUUGAAGCGUCAAAUAGUAUAGCAACAACGAGAACAGCAACAACAUCAACCAACUCGACGCGUUGUGGCCAGCAACGGUUUGCGCAGCAUCCAACGGGGAUCCCCCCCUCGACGAUCUCGCAGUUUUGACAAUACAUGUACCAAUGUGUCUUCUGGUCUUCCAUGAGUCUCCACAUCAUCCACUGAUCUUCCUCCGGGACCAACCAACCAUCAAAUGGCGACAGUCAAGCCCUAUUGCAAGGGCUCCAUCAGCGCCCGUGGAAACGAUGGUACUUCUUCCAGUUCCUUCCUCCAACGACCCAGCCACGAGGCAGCUUCCUGGUUCCAAAGGCAGCCCUUGCCAGUCUCCACCAAGGCUGUUUUCCCAGGCAUCAUUCAUCCCUCCACCAGCAAUCCUUCCUGCCUUCCGAAUGAAGUUGGCAAGACAGAGAGCAAACCUCGCGACACCUCCCAAGCGCUUGCUGAAUGGUCACAGCCAAUCGCUGACUGCCUGCCACUGGGCCCCCGAGCCAAAGUAGCGAUUGCUCCUUGUUCAAACAGUGCCAUGAGAAAAAUAUCCAUGUAGCCACUCGCAUUCUCAAUGAUAGAUGCCGUAACUAAUGUUAUAAACCAGCGAUGCAAUUAGGAA